AUGACUUCCUUCGUGAUCAAGAUUCCUUGCUCCUCGGCCAACAUUGGCCCCGGAUUCGAUGUGAUCGGCCUGGCAUUGUCUCUCUAUCUGGAUCUCCACGUCACCAUCGAGGCCAAACCCUCAUCCCAGCUCCCCUUCAACUGCGCCAUCACCUAUGAGGACCAAAGCAAGAGUGUUGAGAAUAUCAGUCUCGAUCCAGAAGUCAAUCUGAUCACCCGUGUAGCCCUGUAUGUCCUCAGAUGUCAUGACCAGCGGGCCUUCCCCGUUGAGACCAAGGUGCAUAUCACCAACCCCAUCCCGUUAGGCCGGGGUCUGGGCUCCUCUGGUACUGCGGUGGUCGCCGGUGUCAUGCUGGGCAAUGAGGUGGGUAAGCUGGGUCUGAGCAAGGAACGAUUACUCGAUUUUUGUUUGAUGAUUGAGCGGCACCCGGAUAAUGUGGCUGCCUCCCUCUUCGGUGGGUUCGUGGGCACCUAUCUGAAUGAGCUUAAGCCCGAGGACGUGGCACGCAAAGAGAUCCCCCUCAGUGAAGUCCUGCCUGCUCCGGCAGGUGGUGUGGACACCGGCAUCAGACCCCCCGCGCCACCCAUGGCCAUUGGUCAUUACAGGAAGUUCAAUUGGGCCCCGGAGAUCAAGGCCAUUGCCAUUAUCCCGGACUUUGUGGUGCCUACUGCCAACGCCCGUAAUGUACUCCCGGAGACCUACUCGAGAGCGGACGUGGUCUUCAAUCUCCAGCGCGCGGCACUCCUCCCAGCGGCCUUGGGAAGUUCCCCGCCGGAUCCUGAUAUGAUCUUCCUCGCCAUGCAGGAUAAGGUGCACCAGCCGUAUCGCAAGACGCUGAUCCCAGGAUUGACUGAGAUUCUCCAAUUCAUGACCCCGGCCACUCAACCCGGUCUGCUAGGAAUCUGUCUCUCCGGUGCAGGACCUACCAUCCUGGCACUGGCCACGGAUAACUUCACCGAGAUUGCUGACCGCAUUAUCGCGCAGUUCGCUUCUAAUAAUAUCUCGUGCCAAUGGAAGCUGCUGGAGCCUGCUCAGGAUGGCGCAACUGUCACCUAUAAUUAA